AUGCGGUCUUCGUCCGCCUUCUCGGCAGCCCCGCUGUCGCUCCUGCUCGGGGCGCUGCAGGCGGUGGCUGUGGGCGCUGUCCCGACCAUCUCGGCCGUCGGAUCUAAAUUCUUCUAUGAGAACGGCACGCAGUACUAUCUGAAAGGCCUUGCAUAUCAGCUCACCCCUCAUGACCCUUUGAUCGACACGGCCCAAUGCAAGCGCGACAUCGCCCUGAUGUCCGAGCUGGGGACCAAUGCCAUCCGGGUCUACCACGUUGAUGCGACUGCCGACCACCAGGGCUGCAUGUCGGCCUUUGCCGAUGCGGGCAUCUAUCUGUUUGUGGAUCUCGACACCUUUGACACUCAGAUCGAACAGACGGACCCACACUGGAACCAGACCCAGUUUGAUCGAUUCCAAGAGGUGCUCGAUGAGUUCGUCAAAUACGACAACACCGCCGGUGUCUUCGUCGGCAAUGAGGUCUUGACGACUCCUGCCGGCUCUGUCGCUGCGCCGUACGUGUUGGCUGCCGCCCGCGACGUCAAGGCCUACCGGGAUCAGAAGGGAUACCGCGAGAUCCCUGUCGGUUACUCCGCCGCCGAUAUUGCUUCCCUGCGGCCCAUGCUCCAGAACUACCUGGCGUGCGGAAAGAAUGCCUCGGACCGGCUGGAUUUUUACUCCCUGAAUGCUUACGAAUGGUGCGGCGACUCCAGCUACACUCUGUCGGGCUACGACAUGCUGGAAAAGAACGCGACGGGCUACCCGAUCCCCAUCUUCUUCUCUGAGACCGGCUGCAAUGUCCCGCCACCGCGCACAUUCGAUGACCAAUCGGCCAUUUUUGGCCCGGAGAUGGAUGACACCUGGUCUGGCGCCAUCAUCUACGAGUGGAUCGAGGAGACGAAUGACUACGGCUUGGUCAGCUAUGGCCCGCCGAAUAUGAAUGCCCCGGCUACAAAUACUCUGGUGGAAGAUGGCUUCACCCGCCAGGGUACCCCAACGCCAGUGUUGCCGGAUUUCGCCAACCUGAAGUCCCAGUGGGCGACUCUGCACCCGACGGGCGUCGCUCUCUCGGACUAUCGUGCCGCUGCCUCCUCGAUCAGUUCCCUUGAGUGCCCUGCUUCCACCAAGGGCGUCUGGGAGGUCGACCCCAACUCGCAGCUGCCUACUCUGGGACAGACAUACCAGGGGCCUGCCGCCACAGCGCAAGCAACCGGUUCGGGCGGCAGUACGGCCACUGCUUCUGGGGCCAGCGCCACAAAGACGAACGCGGCCAGCGCAUUGGUGAUCCGUGGUGCACCGGAGAUGGACCGCAUGGUUUCGCUUUCCAUUCUCUUCUCCAGCCUGGUGGGCUUCGCAGCCUUCAUGCUAUGA